CAUCAGGUCCACAGCCCUUGGCUCUGGGCCAUGCGGCCGCAUGGCUAUGUCUCUACCCAGCACCUGGGCUGACCCAGCUGUGACGGUGGCCUGAGUAGGACCUUAUAAGCCACUGGGGCACUGGUGGUUCUGUCCUGGGAUUUUCUGAUCCUUAAACUUGAAGAGAUGUCACAGGGUGUUUUAGAUCAUUGUUGCUGGUCCAGCGAUGAACCAGAUCUCCAUGAUCGGUUGAACUAUCUCCAGAUGCUCUGGGUGGAGUGAGGGGCAAGGGAGACACAGAAGGUGACCCACACUCAGCACCUCUGGUGUGCUGCUUCUGGCAGGAGGAGCCUGACCUGCUGGCCUUCCCAGCAGUGGCGAAUAAGACCACCGGUCUCAUUACACACCUGCCCGUGCCCAGGCCUCUCCUCCCUCACCCCUGCUGGCACAGCGUGGGUGCUGAGAGCUGGGCGAGCAUUUUCCCCUGUAUGUCAGGUGGGCUGUUCCUCCCAGGCUGCGCUCAGCUCUUUCAGCCAAAUGUGGGUCACUCUCGGCCGUGUUGCCUGGGCUCCCUGUUUUCAUGGCCCCUGAGGAUAAAGACCCGGGCUAAAUCCCUGAUUUACUCCAAGAAAGCGCGGCGGUUCAUACCCAGCACAUAACUGCUGACAAGGAAGACCUGAGACUGCAUAAUGGGGUCACGGAGAGGGACUCUGUGGUUACUUUUUCUGGGUACAGAAUGUCCCAGUUGUGCCAUGUGAGACUGUGGAAAGAGCCUCGGUCGUCUCUCAGCCUUGGCGGCAUUAGUGUCGAGUGGGGGAGCUGAAGCCCGCCCUCCGCGGGACGCUGCAAGGCUCGAGCGUCGCACCUGAGUGUGCGGUGGGCCGCUGGUCACCGCCGCCCGUCUGUGUUUCAGGCCGAGCUGAGGCUCUCCUCCGGGGAAGAUGGCAGCCCUGCGCUCAACUCCAGACGCACCAGCCGCGCAGCUGGCGAAGGCGGAGGAUGGGCUGGAAUGGGGUCCUGCUCAGGAGGAGGAAGAGGAAGAAGAAAAGGGGCAAGAGGUGGAGAUAGAGGAGGAGGAGGAGGAGAUCGUCGUGGGAGAAGGGGAGGACGAGGAGGUGGGGGAGCAAGAAGAGGGGGGGCGGGCCGGGCCUGUGGACCAGGUGGAGGUGGAGCUGGACGAGGACGAGGACGUGGAGGAGGUGGUGGCUGAGGAGCGGAGUCUGACCUCGGGGACCCCGGAGCGCCUUGGCCGUGGCGGUGAUGCCAAGUCCCCAGUUCUGCAGGAAAAGGCGUGGCAGGCCACCCGGCUUCCAGCCACACCUAGGGAUGAGGACUUGGAGGAGGAGGAGGAGGAGGAGGAGGAAGAGGAGGAGGAGGAGGAAGAGGAGGAAGAGGAUGACGAUUCCUUGACAGCUGGAUCUCAGGGGCUGGUGACCUUUGAAGAUGUGGCUGUGUACUUCUCCCUGGAGGAAUGGGAAAGGCUGGACGCAGACCAGCGGGACCUUUACAAGGACGUCAUGCAGGAAAACUAUGGGAUCUUGGUGUCCUUGGGAUACCCAAUCCCCAAGCCGGAUCUGAUCUUCCGGCUGGAGCAAGGGGAGGAGCCCUGGGUCCCAGAUAGCCCCCGUCCUGAGGAAGGAGACAUUGUCACUGGCGUCUACACAGGGGCCUGGUUCUGGACCGACGACCUGGACGACCACGAGGAGGAGGAGGAUGAAGACUUCUUGGCGGAGGUGGCGGAGGAAGAGAAUGAGCCUCCGGGGCUCUGGUCAGCAGCCUACGGCGUGGGGGACGUUCCUGGGACGUGGGGCCCCGAUGACUCAGAUUCAGCGCAGACUCCGGAGGGAUGGGGUCCUGACCCCGGGGGCCUCGGGGUCCUGGCCGAGGGGUCAGAGGCGAAGCCCUUCCUGCCGGGCCGGGAGCCUGGCGCGAACCUGCUGGCGCCCUGGGCGUUCCCUGCCACUGUGGCUCCCCCGGCCGGGCGGCCCGAGACCACGUGCGACGUGUGUGGCAAAGUGUUCCCGCACCGGUCCCGGCUGGCCAAGCACCAGCGCUACCACGCGGCGGUCAAGCCCUUCGGCUGCGACGAGUGCGGUAAGGGCUUCGUGUACCGCUCGCACCUGGCCAUCCACCAGCGCACGCACACGGGAGAGAAGCCCUUCCCGUGUCCGGACUGUGGCAAGCGCUUCGUCUACAAGUCACACCUGGUCACUCACCGGCGCAUCCACACGGGCGAGCGGCCCUACCGCUGCGCCUUCUGCGGUGCGGGCUUCGGGCGCCGCUCCUACCUGGUCACGCACCAGCGCACGCACACAGGCGAGCGGCCCUACCCGUGCCCGCACUGCGGCCGCAGCUUCAGCCAGAGCUCGGCGCUCGCGCGGCACCAGGCGGUGCACACGGCCGACCGGCCGCACUGCUGCCCCGACUGCGGCCAGGCCUUCCGCCUGCGCGCCGACUUCCAGCGCCACCGGCGCGGCGGCGGUUGUGCGGAGCCCGGCGGAGACGGCCCUCGGCGGGAGCCCUGCGACACAGUGCCCGCGCCAGGGCCCGAAGAGGCUGACGCCGGGCCAGAGGGGCCUGAGGAGGCCGAGGCCGGUGAGGCGGACGGAGAGGCCGAGGUCGAGGCUAGAGAGGAGGUGGCGGCGGCGGCAGUGGGGCCCACCCCCGGGAGCAAGGAGGACCCCGAGCCGGACAGACGGUUCCUUGAGCUGGGCAACGGCCUGGGGGACGGCGAAGGCCCUUCCUCGCACCCACUCGGCUUCCACUUUCCUGUGCACCCCAAGUCCUGGCUGCACCCGGACGGCUUCCCUAUCCUGGGCCUCCCGGACUUCGGGGAGCGGCUGCCGGCCGAUGGGCGCCCCCUGCCGGUCCCCCUGGGGGGCCGGCUCGCCCUGGUGGAGGGCGCGGGGCUAGCCUGCGACCCUUUCGGUGGCGGCGGGCCGGGGGCCGGGGGCGGCGGCGGGCUUCGCGCCUUCGCGCCGGCUGUCGGGGGACUGCUGGGCGAGCCGGCGCCCGCCGCGCUGGCAGAGGAGGAGAGCCCGUGGAUCUGCUCCGACUGCGGCAAGACGUUCGGGCGCCGCGCCGCGCUGGCCAAGCACCAGCGCUACCACGCGGGCGAGCGGCCGCACCGCUGCGCGGACUGCGGCAAAAGCUUUGUGUACGGCUCGCACCUGGCGCGCCACCGCCGCACGCACACGGGCGAGCGGCCCUUCGCGUGCACCGAGUGCGGCGCGCGCUUCGCCCGCGGCUCGCACCUGGCGGCGCACGUGCGGGGCCACACGGGCGAGAAGCCCUUCGUGUGCGGCGUGUGCGGCGCGGGCUUUAGCCGGCGCGCGCACCUGACGGCGCACGGGCGCGCGCACACCGGUGAGCGGCCCUACGCGUGCGGGGAGUGCGGCCGGCGCUUCGGCCAGAGCGCGGCGCUGACGCGGCACCAGUGGGCGCAUGCCGAGGAGAAGCCGCACCGCUGCCCCGACUGCGGCAAGGGCUUCGGCCACAGCUCGGACUUCAAGCGGCACCGGCGCACGCACACGGGCGAGAAGCCCUUCCGCUGCUCGGACUGCGGCCGCGGCUUCGCGCAGCGCUCCAACCUGGCCAAGCACCGGCGCGGUCACACCGGCGAGCGGCCCUUCCCGUGCCCCGAGUGUGGCAAGCGCUUCUCGCAGCGCUCGGUGCUCGUCACGCACCAGCGCACGCACACGGGCGAGCGGCCCUACGCCUGCGCCAACUGCGGCCGCCGCUUCUCGCAGAGCUCGCACCUGCUCACCCACAUGAAGACGCACCGCGGGGCAGCCGGCGCGCCCGGCUCCGCGCCAGCGGCCCCCGCGUCCAAGACCGAGGCCCCCGCCAAGGGGACGUCAGGCGCGGGCAGCGGGCCGGGGGAGCGCGGCAGCACCCUGCUGGAGUUCGCGGGCGGAACGAGCUUCGGCUCUGAGCCCACCGCCCCCUUCGCGGGGCCCUCGGGCGCCUACGAGGAGAGCAUCCUGUGAUGGCCUGAGGCCGACGGAGGCGCAGCCCGCUGGGCCGCCGGCCCCCUUGCUCCUCUGGCCUCGGGGUGCUGAGGAUCCUAGUCCUGGUGCGGUGCCUUCCCCUCAGCCCCCAGUGCACCGCAUCCCCCGCCCCAACCUCGGGCGCCCCUCCUGCCCAGCUCCGGGAAACCGGGCCGCUGAGCUCGUCCGGCCGUGCAGGGGGCGUGUGGGGAGAGGAGAGCCACGCGCAGAGGAGGCGAGGGCAGGGGGCGGCCACCCCCACCGAGACUGCUGCAUCCCACGCGGUAGGGAUGGCAGGCGAGGUUAUUUAUUUCACUCGGAUUCCGAUUUGGGUGGCCUGGGGGACCGGCGGCCGAUGAGUCUAGUCUGUAAGUGGGUUGUACAGCGAGGGAAGGGGAGCCCUUGCGUCGAGGGGAGGGUGGGGUGGUCGAGGGCAGAGCAUCGGGCUCCUCCAGUGGCUUUGGUUGACGACUUCUUCCCAUUCCUCAGUGAGGGACUUCAGGGACCUUGUGGUCAUUUGAAUGUGUCCGGGAAGUUUUAAGGACUGCGCAGGGCUAGGGGAAGCCUUCUGGGUUUCUGGAGGACGAUGUUCCUCCCUACCGAGGAGGGACAGAGAUGCGACUGGGAAAGAUUUUAUUCUGUCUACUGUGGAUAUUUAUUUCCAUCUCUUGUAUGGCCUGAAGAAUCUGGGAGGAGGAGAAAAAGCCAGAAACCAAAUUUGUGGCCCCAGGCGGAUGGGUUGCAGGUGUUCCAGGGUCCUGAGGGAGUUUGAAGCCUUAUUCUGGGGGGAGGGUCACUCACUCUCACCCCACUUGAGCACCGAGAUCAGCCAGGCACUAAUUCUGCCCCUGCCGGUUUUGGUCUCCGCCUCCCCCUUUGAGUCCUUCGGUACUCUCACCUCUAAGCAGCUGGAGGUGGCACGCUCAGAGAUCCUUGGGGGCCCCUUGCUGGCUGCUACAGCCAUGGCCCCAGCCUUCAACUUCCUGGGCCGCCACCUCCCCUGGAGCAGUCAGACACAUGGGCCCCUGUCCUCUAAGCCCAGUGCUUAUUUAGGUUUAAUGACCAAUUGUAAAGUGACAGGUCAGCAGCAGGAUCAAUUCUCACAUCCCUACGGGGCUAGGGCCCUGUGAUGCCUAUGGGUCCCUUGAAUGCUGCUUCUGUUGUUAUUCUGUACUAGGAGCAAGUAGUGUUUCUGUUUAGAAUCCCACGUCACAGGGUGGGCAGUCUGUAUAGUGGAAGUCCACCUGCAGGGGUGUGGACUUGAGCCUGUGGCUCAAUGACAGGCCAGGCACCCAGCUAUGCAAAUCCUGCGCCUGGCGGGCACCCCGCCCUCUGGGUUGGGCCAUUGGGAGGCACUGGGCAGGCAGCUGAAAUAUGGCUCACAUGAGAUCCUUCCCUCCCUGAAUGCCUUGUGGGCCAGUGAGUGGGGCCAGAAAACAGAUUUUGAAGCAACCGCAUUCCCUUUUAGACCUAGUUCCUUCUGUUUUAGUGUAGACAUGGCCUUGGGAGAGCCAGCAGCCAGACUGCUGGGGCUGGGAGCGGGGUAGGAGGCACAGUAGUCAGUGGGUGGGAAGGGGGCGUGGAUGGUGGCGGAAACAAUUCGCCUGGCUGGGUGCGGGGGUGGGGUCGGGCGGGUGCUGAGGAGGGCAGGGGUCCCUGGAGGCGUCAGCAGUGCUGGAUGAUGCUUUCCCUGUCCUCACUUUCUUUCCUCUCCCUGUGAGACAGGAACCUCAGGGGUCAAGUUCAAGGCAGCGUAGCCCCACAUGGCUGGGGUGUGGCUCUGUGCUCAUCCCCGCCUUGCACACCCCUCAGAGUUCGUACCUUUGGUGCUGCCCUGGGCCCCAGCUGCUUCUGCCCUGGCCAGGAGCCAUCAGCAGGAGGACCUAGCUUUAAUAAAGACUGGAGAAAUGAGCUUUCUGACUGGAUUCCAUGCUGUGCUGCUCCUUAGUGCCCUCAGGGAGGCUCUGCAAGGUCUCGGGCCUUUUUUUCUGCAAACAAAACGAAACACAAAAAGCUUUUUUUUUUUUAGGAGUUCCUCCUUUCACUCCUUUCAGAGACUAGAAAUGGCCCAUGAGGAGUCAGCCCAAGAUGAGCUUUGGCUCCUGCUGCCUGUGUCUACCAACUCUUUCCGGGAGUCCCCAGCGGGCCCCCCAACACUGCCACAAACUCUUUGUAACACGCCUAUCUUGGGACCUUCCUGUGCUUAGGGUUGUUUUCUCCAGCCUUUCUGAGGUCAGAGGAGAGGGGCCAGGUCCCCCUCCCGGGGGGCCAGACACAUGCUGAGUCACAGACGUUUCCUCAGAGGCCUCGACGUUUCGUAGGCUUGUCUGGGCUCCUCUGCUCUGUGCCAGGGCACAGGGCGCCUCCUGUUACCCCCCAAUCUCCUUCCUUUGUACUGAUUUCUUGACUCCAUUCUUCUCACCACAUGAGGUCCCCACAACCAGAUCUGACCUCCCAUUCUUGGCCCACGGAUUUGGAAAAUAUGAACUAUGAAGUAAAUUCUCUUUCAGAUGUGAUUUGGAGGCAUCAGAGCAGAACCCAAUGUUUCAGUUAAAAAAAAAAAAAAAAGACUUGGCGUGACAGAUGGAUGUUAAGACCUAGUUACGAAUUGAUGGCCUUGAGGAUCUUAAAAAGUCUACUCAGAAAAGGUAAAUUAUCCCCUGAUAGAGCUUAUCGUUGUGCGGCCAAAUUCCUUUUUAUUUGGGGGGCGGGGGAGGGGGCGACCCAAUCCUGAUGGUCAUAGAAAAAAAAAAAAAAAAAAGUAGACAGCCUUCCUGGCUUUGAGACGACUUCCAAAUUUCUGGAGUCCCUGAUUGAUUUCCCCUGAGUAUCAAUUUGGGGGAAUCUGGGGCCAUUUGGGGGGCAUCUUCAAACAUUGCCAAGGAGUGGAAGCCCCAGGAGAUAUGACUUGUGCAAGGUGGUACUUCGAGAGCCUCAAGGCUCCGAGAAUGCUCUCUGGCCUCCCCCUUCCUUUGUUAUUUUCCCGUUUCUCUAUUGCUUGCAUUUCCCCAGCCUCCUUCCUCGCUCCUGACCCUUUUACUUGAUCUCUUCACACACCUCCUUCUAACUUUUUUUUUCUUUCUCUAAUUGGCUACGAAUGGAAUAAAGUAUUUUGACAUUCUGGGGUUAUAUUUAUUAAAUAAAGCUUUAUGAUCCUUGUUCA